AUGAGUUCGCAUGUUACUAAUAAUAAUUACUAGCACCUCUUAAAAAAUGAUUCUUAAAGAAGGAUUAAGACUCUCAAUUCAAUCAAUGAUUCAAAUUCGACUAAGAUUAAGAAAGUUAUAAUUCCAAAAAAUAUUUGCCUUGACAAAGAGACAUUAUAUGAACAACUUUAUCAUGAAAAGCUUAGAUCAAAAAAAUUAUCAAUUGAAAAUUAAUCAUUAAUAGGAGCAAUUACUUAACUCGAAAAUAAUAUUAAUGUUAUGAGUUCAAAUGAUUAAAGAAGAAUGCUUUCAUAAAGUUUUCUAAAAAUAAAAUAACAAGAUUAAGAAAUUCAAACACUCAAGGAAUGUAUAUAAUAUAAAGUGCAAGCAGAACUGAAAAGAUAAAUCUAAGAUUUGCAAAUUUAACUGCUCAAAUAUUAAUAAUCCUCUAAGUUUGAGGGAGACUAAAUUGAAUUAAUAUAAGAUAAUGUUACUUUAUUGCAAAAACUAGAAUCUCAAAAACGCUAUAUUCUAGAUUUAGAGAAAACUCGAUCUGAAUACAUUCUCAUUAAAGCCAAAUUUAAAUAAUUAUAAUCAGUUUUAAAAUUAAAAGAAUAAUAAAUUUAAAGAUUCAGAGAUAGAGAUCCACUGUCAGAAAUGAACCUUUAAAGAAAUCCAUCAAAAACUGAAAAUCUAUUGAUGAAUGAACUUAAUGUUAAAAAAGAUGAAAUCUAACUUUUAACAUAUAAGUUGGAUCAAAGUUAAACAAUAAUUUAAGAAACAUAAAAUGCUUUAACCCAAUUAAAUCAAGAAUCAAUUCAUAAAAUAUCAAAUUUAGAAAAUGAAAAAAGGAUUUUAAUUGAAAGAUUCGAAAGACUAUAAUUAGAUUAUAAUGGCAUAUUGGAAAAACAAAAAUAAAUGGAUAAGUAUUUGUCCUAAUUCUAGAAAAAAAAAAUACAAACAUCCCCUUUUAUUUAUGGUGAGGAUUCACUUUUUCAAUCCGCAACAUAACUUCCGCUCUCUCCAACAGCAACUCCUAGUGACCAAUUAAUUGUUAAAUAAGUGAGGAAAUCGCAAAUCGAACAAACAAUCCUGGAACUCAAGUUAACUUUGAGAAAAAAAAGAGUUUCUUUACAAGAUGCUGAAAAUAUCUUAUUUUCAAAUGAAAGUGAAAUAUCUAUUAAUGAAAUUGAAAAAAGGCUUAAAGAAGAUCCUUUUAAUAUUUAAAACAGUAUUUUAUUAGCUAGAUACCUAGUUGAGGAUAAUUCUGAAAAAGAAUUCGUUUAUGAGCCUGAUUUAAAAGCUCCUUAAGCUUAACUUCGGAGCAUUUUUAAAAAUUUGUUACAUAAUUAUAAAUUAAUUUUCGAUGAUUCAGUAAUUGAAACAGUUAAAACUUUCAUAAAGCAUCAAUUAUAGGGAUAUUGCUAAAAGAAAUCACUAUCUGUAAUAAAUUAGGAGAGCAUUUUUGAUUUUAUGUAAUUCACUGAAGUAAAAUGGAAUGGGCAACAUUCUGAUUAUCUUCAACAAGAGUAUUAUAAUAAGUAUAGUAAAUUUUAAGAGUAUGAAAUUAACAAUUUGUAAAAGUUGUUUGAAGAUUAGCAAUGA